ACCCAAAAAAUGUCAACAUUUUUUACGUCAUAAAAAUCAUAUGUAGAGAUAAUAUUAUGGUAUAUAAAAAGAAUAAUUUGCCUAUUUGCCUUAGUAUAUCUAUUUUGUUUAUUUUGAAGACUAUUUCAAGAUGAGGGUUGUGUCUGCAAUAGUGGCAUUCCUCUGCGUCGUGCUUUUGAUAAUCCAAACUAUAUCCGCAGCACCUGCGCCCAUUCCUGGGGGUGGCGGUGGCGGUGGCUGUGGUGGUGGCGGUGGAGGUGGCAGUGGCGGUGGCGGUGGCGGUGGCGGCUGUGGCGGUGGAGGUGGAGGUGGCCGCCGAUAAUUAAAAUAGCUAAUUUUAGAUGUGGACUCCAUAAAUUUGUAUAUUUUAUCUAUCCUUAUUGUAUACUGUAAAAUAUUUGGCAAUUAGAGUGUAUAUUUCUAUUUAUUUGCUAUUAUAUUAUGGAUAAUACUCUACGUAUUACAGUAGAUACAUAGUACGUAUUACAGUAGAUAGAUAGUAUACCUCUAUGAUAAAUUGAAAAAAAUAUUUUACUAAUAAAGGUUUUUUAUUGUAGAGAA